CUGGGAGGAGUUGGUAGGGGAAGGGGUAAAAAAGUGAGUGUUCUGCUCUCAGACCAGUCCACUAAGAGAAAGGACAUUGACCUUUUGGCAUUCCACAUGGGUGUGGAGGCACUCAGGCAAACAUUUAUAGGAGCAGCCAAGAAGAAAAUACAAAUUGCAAAGGCAGCAGCUGCAAAGGACAGGAGUGUCUGAAUCUGCAAAAAUAACAGAUCAGAGACCAGCGAGGACAAGUUAAGUGACUUACCCAUAGUCAUUCAAAGAGGAAGUGACAAAGACCAACUCCAGAUGGGAACAAGCAGCUCUAGGACUACAAUAGAGCAGAAUGAGAAUGAUUUCCCUCGUGUGUCUCCCAACACCCCCAUCUUCUGACAAUGAUUUCUUUCUAAGAACAGAAAGGACCAGAGGAGAAGGAGAUUGAAGAAUCCAUGGCUCCCUAUCAUAUCCGGAAAUAUCAAGACCAAGACAGGGAGACAGUGAUAGACAUAUUCACUAAGGGAACACUGAAUGACAUUCCUUCUUGCUUCCUUCAUCUGCUCAAGCAGUCAAGAAGCUUCCUGCUUCUGUUGGGGGGCCCAGGUGCCAUGUUCCUUGGGUCUGGUUCUUGUAUCCUGUCCCUCCUGGCCUUCUUGGCCCUCCUGGCUGUCCUGUGGUGGGUUGCUACAUGUCCCUUUUCCGAUAUAGUGGAUCAUGCCUUGCACACUGACAUGAGAGACAUCAGGAAAUCCUAUCUCAGUGCCAGAGGGUCUUGUUUCUGGGUAGCCGAGUCAGAGGGUCAGGUGGUGGGCAUGGUGUGUGCCCGCCCUGUGGAAGAGGCUCCAGAAAGACAGAAAAAUGUGGAGUUGCUACAUCUGUCAGUGGACCAAGAUCAUCGGGGCCAGGGUAUUGCCAAAUGCCUGAUCCAGACUUUGAUCGAGUUUGCACAGGACCAAGGAUAUGAUAAUGUGGUGCUGAGUACCCAUGCCCUCAAUUACCCAGCUCAAAGACUGUACGAGCGUCUGGGCUUCUGGAAAUCACACGAAGCCUUUGAUUCCCUGAAAUGGAAGAUGGCAGCUGUCCCUUUUUUCGUCUAUAAGUAUGCUGUCUCUUCUUCACUCUAAACGUGCCCUGAACCAUUUUUGUCUUUUGCCCUUUACAUAUCCAUUCAUUUACAAUAGGAUUCAGCGUACUAACCAGCACUCAUUAAAGACUGUUGACUGCCACCAUUAACUCUCACUUUGUAGCAGAAGCCUUGCCCAAACCAGGAUUUAAUGCGGUAGAAUCACAGAAUUUCAGAGUUGGAAAGGAUAAACAGGAGCCAAACAAGAAUCACAAUCACAAUCUACUGGGCAGUGGCCAUUCAUCCACUGUUCAUACCCCCUCAGCGAGGGGAAAUGUGCUGCCUUGGAAGGCAGCCCAGGCUGCUUUUGUCGUUCAGGCUUGGCUUUCUCUCUGUGACCCCAUUUGGGGUUUUCUUGGCAAAGGUACUGGAGUGGUUUACCAUGGUGACUUUAUUUGCAGAUACUCCCACUUUUAAAACAAAACAAAGAACUCCAAAGACUGAAUUUAUUCAAUUGACAAUGAAUGGAUCUUGGCUAGUUCCCCAAAUACCCCUCACCAGAGGACUGAAUUUGAAGAAGGAGAAUCGAAUAUGAAGAACCAGAGACCUACUCCCAGCCACUCUAGCCUACAGCUAUCCAGUCUUUCCUCAUCUUCUGUGAACUUGAGACCUGUCUGCUGUCUCUUCACUUUUUUUCAAGACUGUUCAAGCAGCCUUUUUUCUGUAGGCUAGUGGAAGUUUGGGGCCUGCAUCUGUGUGUCUUCCCAGGUUACAAUCCAAGGGCUAAGGUGUACUAGAGGUUUCAAACCCUAGAACUGGAGUUACAGUCUGGGAAAUUGCUGGAGCCUCAGACACAGUGGGGGCGGGGCUCUAAGAGAUGUUCUGGAAUCUGGGAAGAGCAAGAGUUUCUGUCUGAGAGAGGCAGUUAGCUCCCUAAAUCCUGAGACAGCCCAAGGAAAGGUCUGGUCAAGACUGUGCUCCGGAGGAAGAACUUCCCCCCUUACCCCCACUGAUUCCCAACAGAAGUGGCCAGUUAGAGAGGACACCAAGAAGCUGACUAGAUCACCUGAUAGCUCCUGGUGCCCUGGGUCUGGAUGGUGCCCAGGGGGGCCAAGACCAGGGUCAUCCAAGCCUGAAUCACUCAGGGGCCCAAGACUGCCAAGGCCUGGGUUCCCCAACUUGAGGAGGGAGGUAAGGGUAGCUAGAAUAGGGACACCUUUCCCUCUUUCCUCAUAAAAACCCUUCCCACAGCCAUUUCCCUGUGUUGUUCCCAAAUUGAUCAGAAUAAAGUUUGUUGUCUUUGCCCAAA